AUGGAGUGGGAGCUGAACUUGCUGCUCUACCUCGCGCUCUUCUUCUUCCUGCUCUUCUUACUUUUCCUCCUGCUCUACGCAGUCAUCAAGCAGCUGAAGAACUCCGUGGCCAGCACGGCUGGAGCGCUCCAGCCUGGGCGCCUCUCGCUGCACCGGGAGCCUUGGGGCUUUUCCCGCGAGCAAGCGAACAUGCUGCUGUUGGUCUCCUGCCUUGCCCUGGCUUUGUUAGAGACACCUGCAUCUGCUAAAGCAACCUCAGAGCUUGUUAAGAAGACAUUGAUUCUUGCACUAAUUUCUAAACUUAGCACAGCUGUAGAUGCAGGACUGAUGCCAUCUGGUGUGAUUCCACAGAAUAAGAAUAUGGCAGGGGAAAAUUUACCCAGAGUGUGCCAUGCAUUGGCUUUUCUUGGAAUGAGAAGGUGCCAGGAUUUGUUUUUGGUUCACAUGUCCCAAGAUGGUUGCUGCAGCUUCAGGCACAGAGGAGGAAGCCUAAAGAGAAAAGAAGGUGUACCAGGAGUCUGCUUCUUCUUAAUGAACUUUCUCAGCAAUCCAACUAUUCUUGCUUAUAUCUCAUUGGUCAAAACUAUAUCACUGAGUACUGCUAUCUGCAGGGUUACCUGA